GUAGCUUCCCAGAGAAAACAAUGGCGAAUCUUCCGAUGGAUAUCGUCAACGACGUCUUCCUCCGUCUCCCCGCUACUACGCUGGUCCGAUGUCGCGUCCUCUCGAAGCCUUGCUUCUCUCUCAUCGACAGUCCUGACUUCGUUGCCUCGCAUCUCAAACGCACGCUCGAAACCGGAGAUCACCUCAUGAUCCUACUCCGAUCCCCUCGUCUUCUACGUACGGUGUACCUCGACGCACCGGAUAAAAUCUCAGACGUUGAGCAUCCUCUGCAAACCGAUGGCUCCACAGAGGUUUUUGGUUCGGUUAACGGCUUAGUUGGUUUAACGAACUCUCCUGUUGACUUAGCUCUUUUCAAUCCAUCAACUCGGAAGAUCCACCGCUUACCGAUUGAGCCUAUUGAUUUCACUGAGCAUUCCAUCUCUCGCGAGAAUGUGUUUUACGGAUUAGGUUACGAUUCCGUGAGCGACGAUUACAAAGUUGUGAGGAUGGUUCAGUCUAAGGAUAGAGGUAUUGAAAGAUUUGGCUAUCCUUUCGAAGUCAAAGUUUUCAGCUUAAAAAGGAACAGAUGGAAGAGAAUCCGUGAGGUUCAGAUUCUUUUCAUUCACUUCUAUUACCGUUUUCUGUAUCCUAGUGGAAAUGGUGUUCUUGCUGGCAACAGUCUUCACUGGAUUUUGCCUCGGCGUCAAGGACUUAUCGCCGGCAACAGGAUAAUCAGAUUUGAUCUUGCGUCUGAUGAUCUUGGAGUCCUCAGUUUUCCACAGGAGCUUUACUUUGAAGAUAAUAUGGAGAUGGGUGUGUUAGAUGGCUGCCUUUGCUUCAUGUGUUACAGCAUGUUUAGCCAUGUGGAGGUUUGGAUUUUGAGGGAGUAUCAAGGAAAAUGGUCUAAGUUCAUUACUGUGGAGUCGUAUAACUUUAUCAGACCUCUGAUCUAUUCUAAGGACAGGAGCAAGAUUUUGAUGGAGAUAAACGGUGAGAAGCUGGUGUGGUAUGAUUUGGCUAGUAAGAGUUUUGAAACGUUUGUGAUAAAGGGUUGUGAGGGUCUUCAAUGUAGCGCAGAAAUUGUUGUGAGUAGCCUCGUUUUGGGAUGUAAAGGUGAUCCUCACAGAGCUCGAGAAAAGAAAAUGUUGCAGAAGGGUAGCAAAAGGAGAGAUGAUUUUCUGUCCAAGGGAUUCAAGCUGAAGUUAUGAACAAAGCAGGGGAACUUUAUAAAGGUUCAGGGCGUUAAGGGGGAGAGGAAAUUGCUUGAAGCAGCUCUAUCAAAUUCUAAUCCCAGUCUUAGUACUAAUUAGCUUUAACCUCUAUAGAAGGUAUAUUCCUUAAGAGAAGACAGUGUGCUUAGGUAACUUCUUUUGAGGAUUGCAUGUUGCAAUAUAACGCUGUCGUUGACUGCUGCAUAUAUAAAAUUUAAGCAUCUAGUAAAAUUAAAAUCAGUCUGCAAAUA